UUGAAUUAAGUACUGCUCUCUUCAAAAUAAAUCCGUGUCCGACUCUCACCGUCUCUUCUCCUUCUCAAUCUACCACAACCCCAUACUUAAAAAAUAGAAGUACAAAAAUUCAAUGAAAAAAAAAAAGUAAAUAGCCAAUGAUCAUAAUAUAUGGGAGUACUAAAGAUGGGGUAAUGCGUGGGGGCAUGUAAGUGAACAGUAAACACGCAAAAAUGAGGCCCUGUUCCUGAUGAGAUCUUGAAUAUGUAAGAGAUACAAUAGAAUCUGUCAUAACUCAUCACCAACUGACAAACAAUAUUGUUAAUUCAGGUAUCAUCUACUUUGAAUCUCCCUCCUCCAUCUUCUUCGUCUCAUUCGUCAGCAUUCCCCUCUGUUCUUGUGCUGUCACCCUACAAGUCCCAAUCCAUAUCACGUUUUCAUCACUAUCCUUCCAUAAUUUUAUCUCUAUAACACCCAAAGUCUUCGCUUUCGCUAUGCUCAAUCUCCAUUUCAUUUUCUCUAUUUUCUUCUUCAUCUUCAAUUCUAUAAUCGCCGCUCUUCAGUGGACUUUCUAGCCUAUAAUUCUGUGUUUCGAUUUCGACUCAAAUGGCUGCGAAAUUCGGUUCGUUGAGACAAAGUUUCAUCGAGAGAAGCAAAGAGAGAUCUCUUUCUCGAAAAGGGUAUUCUGGAUUAGGGUAUUCUCCUUCUGAUAGUGAUGUAGACCCUAAUAAUACGGUUAAUUGUGGGUGUUUUCGAUCGAUUUGUGAUCGUGCUAAAGUGGGUUGUUAUCGAUUGAUUUCUGAUGGGAUUUUGGGAUUUUGUAAUGGGUUCAAAGAUAUUGGUGUUAAGUUAUAUGAAAUGGGGAGAUCAGACCCUCAAAAGGUGUUUUUUUCAGCUAAGAUGGGUUUGUGUUUAUCUCUGGUUUCUUUGCUUAUCUUUUUAACUGGGUCUCUUAAGGAUCUCAGCCAGUAUGCUAUUUGGGCAAUUUUGACUGUGGUUGUUUGUUUUGAAUAUAGUGUUGGAGCAUCACUCAGUAAGGGCAUUAACCGUGCUAUUGGAACUCUAUCAGCUGGAGGAUUAGCUUUAGGGAUAGCAGAAUUAGCCAUUCAUGCUGGAGAGUUCAAAGAAGUGUUCAUUGUAGCUAGUCUUUUCAUAGGAGGUUUUUCUGUGUCUUACAUCAAAUUAUACCCGAAGAUGAAACCUUAUGAGUAUGGGUUCCGGGUAUUCCUAUUGACUUAUUGCAUAGUAUUAGUAACUGGAAAUAAAAAUGCAAACUUUUUCCGGACAGCAUUUUUUCGGUUAUUGCUUAUUGGAAUUGGAGCUACCGUUGCUUCAAUAGUCAACAUUUGUAUUUUUCCUAUUUGGGCUGGUGAGGAUCUACAUAAGUUGAUUGUGAAAAAUUUCAAAGGAGUUGCUACAUCCGUGGAAGGCUGCGUUGAUGGGUACUUGCAGUGUGUAGCAUAUGAAAAAAUCCCUUCAAAAAUUCUUACAUACCAAGCUUAUGAUGAUCCUCUAUAUGGUGGCUAUAGAACAGCUCUCCAGUCUACAAGCCAAGAGGAAUCUUUGUUGGACUUUGCAACGUGGGAGCCUCCACAUGGCCCUUAUCGAUCAUUUAGUUACCCUUGGCAAAACUAUGUUAAAGUUAGUGGUGCUCUGAGGCAUUGUGCUAACAUGGUCAUGGCAAUGCAUGGAUGUAUGCUUUCAGAAAUACAGGCACCCGCAGAGAAGAGGCAGGUUUUUGCUAAUGAACUUCGCAGGGUCGGUUCUGCUGGGGCUAAAGUAUUACGAGACCUGGGAAACAAAGUUGAGAAAAUGGAGAAACUAAGUGAAGACGAUAUUUUAGCAGAAGUACAUACAGCAGCUGAGCAGCUACAAUUGAAGAUCGAUGAAAAAUCUUAUCUCUUGGUUAACUUCGAGAGUUGGGAAGAAGGAAAACGCCCCAAGGAAUUCGAGGAUCCAGAGCACGUUGCCCAAAUGAAGGAUUGUGGAGGAAGUCAACUUGUGAUAAACUCUUUGAGUGUUCUUAGCAUUGAUCCUGAGGGAAUGCAAUCAAAUAUGCAGUCAGCCAUGGACGUAACCAGUUCAAGGAUUUCUAUGAUGGGUGCGGGCCCUUCAAUGGCAGGGAUGUUUUCUACCGAAAGCAUGGCUGCUAGGACUCAAUGGCCAUCCCGUCUUUCGCUACUCCCUGACUUGACCAUCAAUGAAAAGGAAGCUCAGACAUACGAAAGUGCGAGUUCCUUAAAUUUAGCAACUUUUGCUUCGCUUCUCGUUGAGUUUGUAGCGAGGCUUGGAAAUUUAGUUGAUGCAUUUGAAGAGCUUAGUGAGAAAGCCAAUUUCAAGGCACCGAACGAAGUUCCCCCCGAAAAUACUAGCCCUGGUUUCUGGAAGAAGUUAAUUAUGUGCUUUUAGUUCAGCAACUGAGGUAUGAUUUUGAUUUUGUUUAGUAUUCUGGCGAAUAAACCGAGUAUGGUUAAUUGAUCUUCACAAAAGUAAUAAUUGACGGUGUCUGGUACUCGAGAAAAUCGAUGCAUGGACAUUUUCGACUUACUAAUGCUGUUAUCAUAGUGGCUUUUAAGCUUCCGCUUAUAGUUGAAGGAAAUGAAAUGCAUUUUCAUUUCCACACACAGAACACAAGUGCUUCUUUCUGGGGUUUCCAACAUAAUUCUUUUAGGAGUGAAUAAAUAAUCAGAAAUUGGAAUAAUAAAAGAAAAUCAUAGUAGUCUUAUAGUCUUAUGUUGUAUACUUGUUUCAGUUAUCUCUACUGUUUGUGUAAAAGAAUGGAUGAAGCCAUUCUAGUGUUCUACUAUUAGACUAUUUGGGGUGUGAUAAUCUUAUUUUUGGAUGAUUUCUUGUUACUAUUUUGGGAUGUAAUAUUUUGUAUAAUUUAGUCAUGAUGCAAGUGUAUAGUAAUAUAAUAUGCUAUUGGCACAUAAUAGAGCAAUAUAUUCUCUAUGAAACAUUUAGCUA